UUGAAUGGGAGGAGCUGUUGCCUUGGAAACAGUUGAGAGGGAUGUAGGGCUGCAAACAAAUCAGUGCCGAGCAGCGGAGAAGGGAUAGUGCUGGGAGUCAGUUUUAACAUGGCUUCUCAAGAAAGGCCAACUUUUGCAGACAUAUUUGAUGAAGAUGAAGCACAACAAUCCUUUCUCAUGUCCAAACCCACUUGCUUUCUCAUUGUUGGAAAACCUGGAACUGGAAAAGCUACUUUAGGGAAGAAGAUUUCUCAGGCAUGGAACUCUAUUUUUAUUGAAGCUAAAGAACUGAUUACUGAUCAUAUUAAAAGAGGGACGGAUCAGGGCAAUAAGAUGCAGGCGCUCCUUCAUCAGGGCUUGAGUAUUCCUGAGGAACUAGUAACACAUUUAAUUUUGGACAAGAUAAAUUCUCCAGAGGUUGCUCAUCUUGGAUAUGUGCUAUGCGGGUUUCCCUCUCUAUGUGAAGAAUAUGUAAAGAUCCCCCAACAAAUUGAACUGAUUAAAAAUUUCAAGUUAACCCCAGAUAUUAUAAUUAAUAUUAAGUGCCCAGACACAGAUCUAGGAAAAAGACUGUGUGGCCUAAAGCAAGAUCCAAAUACAGGCAUUAUUUAUCAAAGAGAAGAUUGGGAUCCUGCUCUGAAAGAAAAACAGAAGAAGCAGCAAGUAGGAGAAGAGGGAGAAGAAGAGGAGGAGGAGGAGGAGGAGGAAGAGUUGGAAGAAGAACAGGAAGAAGAAAUGUCGUUAACAGAAAAGCUUGUUUAUAGGCCUGAAGACUUUCCUGAAAAUGUUAAAGAACGCAUAAAGCUAUUCAAAGAUAUUCUUCUGCGCCCUGUGGAGGAUCUAAUGAUUGACCAUGAUCCUCACUAUCUCAUAGAGCUGGAUGGAAAUAUGAAACCACAGAAAAUUUUUGAAACAGUAUUAUCUCGUCUUGUAUCUUUGGGGCUUCGACUUGGAUCAGUUGUGAUGAAGUUACAGAAUUCCGAGGAAGAAGAAACACUGCAGGAAACAGAUACUGAUCAACUCUUGCGAUUACUGGCAUCUAGCUCUAUGAUUGCUCCAAGAUAUAGGUGGCGCAGAAGCAGAUGGGGUCAGACAUGUCCUGUUGCUUUAAAGGAAGGAUUUAUUAAAAGAGGACUUGUGGAGUUUGCUGUUAGUUUCCUGGAUAAAAUGUAUUUGAUGUCUUCAGAAGAGGCACUUAGAAAAUUUAUGCAGAAUCCUCGUCAGUAUCUUCUCCCUCCCAUGCCACUUUCACCUUGUAAAGUAGCAGUGGUUGGACCGAAGUGCUCUGGAAAAACCACCCUUUGCAAUUUCAUAGCCAAUAAAUAUGCAGGAAAGGUCCUUGAUAUGUCUGUGCUUAUAAAACCAUUUGCUGAAGAAGCUAAGAAAAAUUUUAUAGAAAAAGCGGUGGAGGAAGCAACUGAACUGGCUAUUAAAACUGUGAGAAUGAAGUUACAAGAAGAGAGGAUUUUAAAAGAACAAGACAAACCAGAAGAAACAGAGGGGAUAGAAGAGCUGGAGUAUCAAAAGGAAAUGCCAGAAACCUUAGCUGCAGAGGUAUUGGAAGAAAUUACUGCUGAUCAUCCAGAGGUCUUAGAAAUAGUGGCUGAAGCUGUAAAAGCUGCAAGUGAGACUCCUGUGACCAUUACUCCAGAUCUUUAUAUGGCUGCACUAGAACAAGCAAUAAACAAGUUGCAUGAAGAAAAUAAAGAAAGAUUUACAAGUGAUCCACCAGCUGGGGGAUGGGUACUGGAUAAUUUUCCUAAUUCUCCAAACUGCUGGUUAGCAAUGGCGGACAGGGGAUUUCUCCCAGACACUGUCAUUUGUUUAAGAGAUUCAGCAGAUAAUGGAAAGUACUUGCUGAACAGACUGUACCUUAUGAAUGAACAAGACAUUAAUGAUAAUAUCAUUCAAAGACUUCAGAAAGAAAGAGCAAGGAAGCUACAAGAAGAGGAGGAGGCAAGGAAAGAACAGCUAGAAAUAAUGAGAUUGCAACAAGAGGAAAAACAGAGGCAAGAAGAGCAGCAGGAAAGCUCAGAGGAUGGCAUGGAAAUGUCUACAGAAUUGAGUGAACAGCCUUCUCACAUUGUUUCAGAGCAAGUUAUAUCUUCGGUGCCUUCUCCAAAUGAAGAAGUUCAAAGUAACAUGUCAGAACUAGAGGCUGGUGACAAGACUCUUCUAAGUAACACAGCUCCACUGCCGAUUUCUUCCAAGGAUGAGCACAACCUGGCAGAGCCCCAACCACAGCCAGAAAUUAUUUUGCCAGAAGUCCCAGAGGGCGGAUUCCCAGAUGUGCCAGAAAUGGAGCCACUGAAAGAGUUUAUUACCAAGUUUAAUGAAGGAUGGAUUCUGAUAGAACCAAUACUUAAUGAUGCAGGAAACCCAAUUCUCACAUAUUUGGAGAUAAAAGAGAAAUCACCUGAGACAAUGCUACAAGAAACCAUCAGUUCUAUGGAUAAACCAUUUAAGUAUUAUGGCUGGGAAAUGACAUCAGAAGACAUAGAUGAAGAAGCUGAAGACAUGCAAGCCGAGCUAGAUUCUGAGGAACAAGAACAGGAGGAGAAUGAAAAUGAGAGUGGAGGAGAAGAAGAAGAAGAAGAUGAAGAUCGCAUUCGUGAAAGGAAGAGAAACUAUGGGGAUUCCAAACACUUUUGUCCAGUGGCCCUAAAAGAUAAUUUUGUGCUGUAUCCUGGAGAAUCUGAAUAUGCAGCAGUAUACAGGGAGAAGCUUUAUUACUGUUCAACUCCUGAAGCAAGGGACAAGUUCCUAGACAAUCCUGAGAAUUAUAUAAUUAACAAAGAACCUUUAAAGGCUCCACCAUUGAGAGUGCUUUUAAUUGGAAACAGUGGUGCUGGCAAAACAGUUUGUGCAAGGUGGUUGGCAGAAAAAUUAGGCAUUUUCCACAUACAGUUUAGAGAGUACCUGCAAGAGAUAAUGCUUUCCAAACUUCAAAGGAAAAUUGGACCACAGUAUGCUGAGGAAGUAAAAGAGUAUCCAAAUGAGGAAACUCCUCUAAUGGAACUAGAAAAUAGUGACUUAGCUAUUGCCGAAGAAAACACUGCAGAGGAAGAGGUGGUUUUAACAGAUGAAGAAGAAGCAGUCAAAUCAUAUUUAGAAGAUGCAUCCCCAUUGCCAGCUGAACUGCUGGAUCAGAUUGUAACAGACUGGUGGUCAGAAGAACCUUUUCGCUCAACUGGGUUUAUAUUAGAUGGCUUUCCUAAUACAGCAGAAGAGACACAGUACUUAGGGGAGAAGGGCUUUUUCCCAGACAUUGCUGUCUUUCUUGAUGUAGAAGAAAGUGCCAUUUGCGACCGCCUUCUUCCUCCACGUUUGGCAAAAUGGAAAGAACGUCAAAUGAGAAAAGAGGAGCGCAAACAAAAAUUAAAAGCACUCAAGAAACAAAUAAGGGACGAUCAGAUUGCAAAGAGAAGGGCUGAAUUAAUGGCUGAACAAAAUAAAAUGAAAGAAGAAAAAGAGAAUCAAAAAAACCCAGAUGAACAGGAGGAGGAGGAGGAGGAAGAAGGUGAUGAAGGGGAUGAUAUUGAACUCAUUCUUUCAGAAGAGUUUCCAGAUGAGGAAGAAGAUGAUGAGGAAGAAGAGGAGUCAGAAUAUGAUGCAGUUGAAAGAAUGAAAAGUGAAAUAGGGGAGAAGUGUGAAGCUGAAGCAGAGUCUCUAGAAACAGUGAAGGAUGAGCUUCAGAGACUUAAGAUCCCUGUUGUGACAAUAAAUGGAGGCCGGAAACGACAUAUUGUGCACUACCAGUUAUAUGAGAAGCUAAGAAAUCUUGUAGAAAACCGUGAAAGCCUCUUUGAAAAAAGCUACCCCAUUAGCCUUGCUGUUGCUAAUAAGAUGCUCCAAAUGUCUUACAAACAGCCUAGUGUCUUUGGACGGUGGGACCCAGUCAAGCUAAGCCAAGGAGAGGUAAUAAAACCAUUUUUCACCCAAGAAAAUCCCGGCUUUCCAUUACUAUACCGCCAAUAUAUUUACUUCUUCUCGACAAAGGAAAACAGGAACUUAUUUAUGAAAAAUCCUAUCAAAUACAUCCAGCAGGCAAAACCCAAGCCAUCAGUGCCAAUAAGAAUAGCUGUUGUUGGGCCUCCUAAAUCUGGCAAGACUUCAGUUGCUAAGAUGUUUACGAGUUUAUAUGGGCUGAAAAGACUUUCAAUUGGAGAUGCCAUUCGCUCUGUUUUGGAAAAUCAGCCAAACACUGAAUUGGCAACAGAAUUAAACUCUAUACUUCGGAAAGGGUUGGUUUUGCCUGAUGAUCUUUCUGUUAAGUGUCUAGAAGUAGCUUUGAUGGAUUUAACUUCUAAUACAAAUGGAGUUGUUUUUGAUGGUUUUCCUGUUACCAAACAUCAAGUAGAUCUUCUGGAAGCCUGCAGUAUAAUUCCUAUAAAAAUAUUUGAGCUGCAAGCCCCUAUAAAGGAAGUGUUAAAAAGAGGACUGGAAGACAAGAAGAACUCUAACAGGCCUUACCCUGUGCAUGAUAGUGCUCAAAUUCUUGUUGUACGCAACUCCUGUUAUAAACAAGAAGUCAUUCUGACCAAAGAACACUACUCAAAGCUGCAUCAGAACUGGUGUGAAGUUGAUUCUUUAAGGAGUAAAUGGUGGGUUUCCAACAAAAUUACUGGAGAAGUUCAGAAAAGUAUCAAUCAAAUACAGUCCUACUUGGAGAGAAUAAAAGAAGGUAUGGCAGCUGGCAUUGCUGACUUCUGCAUCACUCCUCAGGAGCUAGUUUCUCGGCUGGGUGAGUUUGGACAAUACUGCCCUGUGUGUCUAGCACAAAGGGGAGAGCUUGUUGACUGUUCUGGAAAUCCAUCCCUGCAGUUUGCUGCAGAAUUCCGGGGACACUAUUACAAGAUGGCUUCACAGAAGGAGCUGGAUGCUUUCUUGAAAAGUCCUGAAUUAUAUGUGCCACCUCUUGCACCGCGCCCAAUCCCUCCUCCUGAGCUGUUACCAAAAACGCUAACUGUGGCUGAUGUGAAGGCAAAAUUUCCUAAAAAUGCAGAAAUGAAGGGGUAUUGCCCAGUUACCUAUGUUGAUGGUAAUAAAAGAUACGAAGCACUGGUCCCUGGUCAUAUUGAGAAUGCAGUAGAAUACAGAGAUAAGAUUUAUAUUUUUGAGACCAAGGAAAAGCUACAGAAGUUCAUGAGACUUCCAGAGAAAUACUACAAUCAGAAGCUUCCAUGCAAACUUCCACCAAAAAUAGAACCUGUGCUUUUGACUUCACUUCCAUUAACUGGAUACCUUGAGCAGGGAGCUGCAACUGCUUUAAUAAAAGCAAUGAAUGAUGUAGGCUGCCUAAAGCCCAAGUAUCCAUAUCUAAACAUCAAACAAUCUGCUCUGCUCUAUAUUGCUUUUCAUUUAAAAGCUUUUAAUCCUCGGAAUUCUGAUUACAUACGAAAUAAAUACAAGAAAAAGCUGGAACAAUUUGUGGAGCGAUGUGAACUUAUAACAUACCUUGGAGACACAAUGACUCGCAAGUACAAAGAACCCCAAAGAAGGCCCAUUGAUUUUGACUUUAAGAUGCAGUCUUUCUUGUCAUUGAAAGGCAUGGACCCAACCUGCAUUUAAUUUUUUUUUUAAUGUAUACUGUACAAUAGUUCUCAUUUAUUGUAAAUUGUUGUAAGACAUCUGUAUUAAGUCUUUGCGUUAAAGAAUUUAAGACUACA